AUGCCCGUGAAACCUACAGUGGCUGAGAGUGUGCUGCUGCGUGUUCAGGUCACUGGGGUUUGGGAGGUGUUUUUUGACUUUCCAUAUCCCAAACCCACACCUGCAACCCCCGAGACACUGCGCGGGGACUGUGGGUCCUGCUGGGGAGCACGGAGGCCCGCUGGCAGGGCGCUCACCUACUGCAAUGCUGCGGAGUCCUCGUCCGCCCCGCUGCUCGACAGGGACUCGCUGCAGCUGCCCGAAGGGCUGUCGGUGCGGCGGGUGGCGCACGGGGACGUGUCUCAGCUCGGAGUCUUCUGCACGGACCCCAUCCCCAAAGGAGUCCGCUUCGGCCCUUUCCAAGGCAAAGUGGUCAACACCAGCGAGAUCAAGACUUACGACGACAACUCGCUGAUGUGGGAGAUCUUUGAAUACGGGCGCCUGAGCCACUUCAUAGACGGGAAGGGCACCUCUGGCAACUGGAUGUCCCUGGUGAACUGUGCCAGGUUCCCCGAGGAGCAGAAUUUGACGGCUAUCCAGUGCCAGGGACAAAUCUUCUACGAGAGCUGCAAGGAAAUCUUACCGAAGCAGGAGCUGCUGGUGUGGUACGGCGAUUGCUACGUGCAGUUCCUGGGCAUCCCCAUCAGCCUGAAGGGCAUGCCGGAGGGGAAGAGACCCCCGCAGCAUCCCGAAGAAGCCGGGGAGAGCUUUAAGUGUGAGCGCUGCGGCAAGGUUUUUGCCUACAAAUACUACCGGGACAAGCACCUCAAGUACACUCGCUGCGUGGACCAGGGGGACCGCAAAUUUCCUUGUCACCUUUGUAACCGAUCCUUUGAAAAAAGAGACAGGCUGAGGAUCCACGUUCUCCACGUUCACGAAAAGCACAGACCUCACAAGUGCUCAGUGUGUGGGAAGAGCUUUUCUCAGUCCUCCAGCCUGAACAAACACAUGAGGGUUCACUCUGGGGAGCGCCCCUACAAAUGUGUCUACUGCAACAAGGCAUUCACGGCAUCCAGCAUCCUGCGCACUCACAUCCGCCAGCACUCGGGGGAGAAGCCCUUCAAGUGCAAGCACUGCGGCAAAGCCUUUGCCUCGCAUGCAGCCCACGACAGCCACGUGCGCCGCACGCACAGCAAGGAGAAGGGCUGCACUUGCUCGGUGUGCGGCCAGCACUUCCCGGAGCAGGAGGAUUACCACUUCCACAUGAAGAUUCACGCCGCUCAUUAG